UCAGAGAUCACGCGUGUGUGUGGCGCUGCUGUUCAAGAAACUCCGCGCCAUGGACUCGGCCCAGGAUGCACACGCCCGCCAGUUCGACGACCCCAGUUUUCAUUUCGUGCCAAGAAAAAAGAUGAUGCAGAUUCAGAGCGGCUGCAUCGACACGAUGUGCCAGGUUCUCGAUAAGAACAACAGGACGAACACAUGGCAGAGGAAGGACGCCUGCGUCGUGGAGCAGUGCAUGAGCACGCUCGUCCUCCACGUGCACCGUCGUCCUGAGAGGUGUCGACAGCUGCAGGCAACCAGGGGGGGGGUGCAGGCCAUCGUGACGGGGAUGAGAGAGUGCUCGGAAAGUGUGCUCGUGCAAGAGAGGGGUCUCAAGCUCGUUGUCGACACCUGCCUGGCAGUUUCAAGCUGUGCCGAGGCAUUCGUCGAAGCCAGUGCCCUUGAAACGAUCGUCAAUACCUUGGGGCUGUUCCGACAUGACUGGCACGUGCAGUUGUGCGGCUGCGAGGCGCUCUGCGCCGUCGUCGCGGCCCUUCCGUCCAACAACCAAGACUUCCUGGAACGCGUGUUGAACGCCGGUGCGCAUCUUGCGGCGGGACGAGCUUUGCGACGGCAUCCCAGCUCGGAAGAGGUGCUGGUGGCUGGCAUGCGAACACUGGAAACGAUCGCCCUCCGGUGCUGCACCGGUGGCACGAAGGACGGGCGAUCUCGCGUGCAGAAUGCCCUGAUUCUGUCAGAUCAACACUGCCACACUCGUGAUGGUGACGGAGCGGACGAUUCCAGGGAAAGUCUCUCCACGAUAACGACAGUCAACCCGGUUGGUUUUCCGGGUGUCGAAUAUCUCAACGAAGAAUCGAACACUCCCGCUGCAUCAUCAGUGGACGACCACCCGCUGGAGGAAGACCGCAAUGACGUUGACGCUGCUGCACGGAGCUCGGACGCUAUGAGUCCGAGUUGUUCUAGAAGAGACGACCUGGCCAAUGAAAACUUCAGCACGGGAGAGGGAGGGGGGGAGCGGAGAGGAACGGGGACUAUCGCGUUCGCGUUGAGUGUGGCAGACGCGUAUAGUCGAGACGAUUCCCGCACUAUCGUUCAACGUGCGGGAGCUGCGCGGGUGGCUGCGAGUGCAUUCAAUCUCGUGAGAGCGUUGCUUACAGACUGGAGACGGGGCCGGGGGCAGAGGAGGAAGUGCGACGGCAGACAAGGAAAAGAGGAGAGGGAGAAGGAGGAAGCUCAGCAGGAGGAUGAAGCGGAGGAAGAUGCGGAGGAGGAUGCGGAGGAGGAGGAGUCGCUCGCUUGUUGUGUCGAAGAAUUUUGCGACGAUCAGGUCAAAUUUCAAUCCAUUCGUGGAUGCAUGCCGGGGGGGGUAAUGCUACACAUUUCUUGCGGUGACGAUAUGCGUGGUGGUUUGUAGUGUACUGUACGUUCGUUUCUUCGAGGCCGAUGCACGGGGCUUUUGGAGCAACUAGGCCCAUUGCCUGAAGACCGACAAAGAAAAGGUGCAAUGGAGUAGUGGCGUAUCGCUUUGCUGCGGGACACCUGCCCUGGCC